GGCUAGUCAACAGUUGGCUGGAGAGAAGCGCGCGCUCAGACCGCGAGGAACAAACGGUUGACCGGUUAAAGCUGAACUCCGUCGGCCUGACAGCACUGAAGGAGCGGCCGCCAUGUCCGGGAAAGGUGAAAAGGGCAAAAGGAGAGACAGGGGAGGAAGAAGUGGCUCGGAUAAGGAAGCAAGCGACGCUCCAGCCACACCCAAGUUAAAGAAGCUGACUAACGUGCAAGUGGAGGAAGGUCAGAAGGUGACGCUGAGGUGUGAGCUCUUAGCCGGCGGCAAAAAGACCAAGCUCCAGUGGUAUCAAAACAACGUCAAGAUUGGCAAAAACGAGACCAGAAAAAUCAAGCUGAGGAAAAAAGGGGCAUUAUCAGAGCUGCAGAUAAUGAAAGUUACAGACUCUGAUGAUGGAACAUACACAUGCAAGGCUGUGAAUGAUCGUGGUACAGAUACACAGAAUGCCACUGUGCAGAUCAUCAAAGCUCCCACCAGCACCACGGCGUCAGCCAAGACGUCUAGUCAUAUGACACGUUGCAAAGAAGAGGAGAAGAGCUACUGCGUGAAUGGGGGCGAGUGCUUAACUGUGAAUGUCACACCAAACAGCACCAAACACCUCUGCAGGUGCCUUCCAGGAUUCACAGGGAAACGCUGUCAAAUCAAAGAACCUGUCAGAGUCUCAAAGCAAGAACAAGCUGAGGAGCUGUAUCAGAAACGCAUAUUAACAAUAACAGGCAUCUGCAUUGCUCUCCUAGUUGUUGGCAUCAUGUGUGUGGUGGCCUACUGCAAAACAAAGAAACAGAGGCAAAAGCUGCAUGAUCGCUUGAGGCAGAGUAUACGGAAGCGAAAUGCCAUGGCUGACAUAGGCAAUGGCCCGCAGUAUCCCCAAACUCUCCAGCAACCACCACAAAGCCUGCAGCUUGUUGAUCAGUAUGCAUCAGAAAACUCCGUCCCUGCUCAGCACGUGAUCGAGAAGGAAACAGAAACUUCAUUUACCUUGAGCCAGUACACAUCGCCGACUCAGCCUCCUACCGCCAUAACUGCCAGCCUCAGCCAGUGUUGGAGUAACAAAAAGCCAGAGUGUGUGGUGUCUGACAGUCGUGCAGUCCCUGGGUUACAAAACAGCCGGAAUGGCACUCCAAGUCACCGCGGGCGUCUAAAUGCCACUGGAGGAGCCAGAGAUGUCAAUGCCUAUGUAAAAAACUCCAGAGAAACAACAGAUUCUUACAAAGAAUCUCCAUACAGUGAGAGGUAUGUUUCGACUGUGACAACACCGACACGCCUCUCGCCUGUGAAGUUGCUUUCCCCAGCAACGCCCUCCUCUCCUCCCUCUGAAAUGUCAGCACCUCUCCCCAGCCUGGCAACCUCUAUUCCCUCCAUGGCAAUGAGUCCAUCAGGUGAGGAGGAACGCCCUUUGCUGUUCCUCACCCCGCCGCGGCUCAGAGAGAAAUCCGAGCCCAGCCGAGCCCAGCAGCUCCGCAACUCAGCCCACUACAACCACGGCCUGGACGAGAUGAGCCCUCCACCCAGCCCGCUACACAUCCAUGAAGACGAGCAGCAUGAGAGAAUGCAGGAGGACGACUCCGUACCCUCUGCUCCACCCACAUCUACUCCUCACAGCCCCACGGCCAUGCACAACUCUAAAAGAACAAAAGCCGGAUCUCAGAACAGUCAGGAUGAGCAGAGUGGAAGCAGCUCUGAAAGCAGCAGCUCAGAGAGCGAGGCAGAGGAAGAGCGCAUGGCCGAGGACACGCCGUUCCUCAUACACAACGCUGGGGUCGCAGGCAUGACUGUGCUGGGGCUGGAGCUUGUAGACAGCAGCAGGACUAACGCCGCACUGCGCCUCUCCCCACAAGACGAUCUACAGAGCAGACUAGCCAGUGUAAUGGCUAACCAAGAUCCAAUUGCUGUGUAAAAGUGAACAUGCCAUAGAAAAAAAAAAUAAGUAAAAGGAUACUUGUAAGAUACUAAGAAUAAACACUAAACCUUUAUUUUCUAUAAAUUAAGUAUUUGAGGGAAAUUAAAAAAUAACUUUUAUUUUAGUUAUGUAGUGCGAAAAAGUCUUUUAUAAAUUAAAUGUGUGUAUAUAAUGUGUUUUGCUUCUGGAAAAAAGUGCCAUUCCUUAUAUAUAAUGUGUGUAUAUAUGGUCUCAGUAUUUCAAAGGCAGAAACAAUAUCAAUGGUGCCUUUAAUCUCAGCAUGGAGAACUAAAGGAAACUGCAUUAUGACACUGAGCUAUAUAUUCAUGACCUUGAGCCAGCAUCUAACAUUGCUACAGAUUACAGUCGGCAUAUGAAGUUGAAAAAUGCAUACCAAUUAUUUAAAAAAAAAAAAAAAGAGUGAAAAAUUAAUCUCAAAGUAUACAACUGAAUUAAAGUUCGUUACUGUUGGUUACUUCUUUCUCAGCUGGUGACAAGGUUAAUAAAGCUCAGCACUAGAAAACAAAUUUAGUAAUUGGGCAAGUGAAAGCUAUGAAUCAAGCCAGUUGAAUUUGUCUAGUUUGCCUGUUACUGAAUGAAUAUAUGGCUCACUACGUCAAUAAUUCAACACAUCCGUUGGCUUCACAGUAAUGCAUUGUGGGGAAGGUACAGCACCAAUAUACAAGCUGGUCUACACAUUGUAAAGUAAACGGCAGAAAAUGUAAGCAUUCACCCAUCAAUAUUCUUGUACAAUGUUCUAUUAUUUCCAAAGUGUCUGUUGUGUUGUUUCAUUUUACCGAUGUGAUCACUUGUGUAACAGGUUCACUCGCUUAACUGUAUUUUGCAGACUAAAAAAUGAUGUCAGACAGAAAAAAAAGAAAAAAAACCACACACGCCUCAGUGGCAAACGCAGACACUAACUUAUAACGAACCUGAAUGGUGGACAAAAUGCCUCUGAAUACUAUUUCACUUUAUUAAAACCCUGUGUUGUACCUGUUUAGUGUGCCAGGAGCCGGAAAGUCUUAAAUGAUAUUAAUCCAGUUCAAAUUAUAGCUUAAUUUUUCAUUUUAACAAAAACGCCCUAAAACAAGUCUUUGUUUGCUUUAUCCAGGGUUUGUUUGUUUUUUUUAAUUUUUAAACUGGAGAAAGUUUUUAUUCGUUUUUCUUCUUCAAAUAAUCCAAAAAAAAAAUCCAUCACGAAAUCUGGCCUAUUUACAUUCUGCAUUUUAUAGUAUUUAUUUUGUCUAUUAUUUAUUUAUUUAUUUAUUUAUUGCUUUGGCCUUCUAUAGUCAGUCAAAUAUAGUCUAUAUUUUAAUAGUGUUGAAAAUAUACGUUUGAGCAUAUAUAUAUAUAUAUAUAAAAAAUCAGUAUAUGUAAGACUGGUUUCACUUUUUCACCAUUCCAUUAUAUUCCCACAUUAUCAUUAUUAUUAUUAUUAUUAUUAUUAUUUUAAUGUUGGAGACCUAGUGUAAAAUGCAAUAUGAAUAAAUUUACAGCUGAUUAUAUUAUCAGUCUAUGGUUAUAUCAUCUAAAACAUUAAACUACAGAGAACCUCUUGGAAAUACCCCAUGAUGCAUUGCUUUCAAACCAAGGAGUGUCUGUCAGAUACGCCUGUCUGUGUAAAUACACCUCUAACAGCUUGGGUUCUUUAAGUAAGACAGUUAAGAGAAAGGUUUGUGGUUUUGGCCCACUUCUUUAACAGUUUGUAUCCAUCUUACCACUGAUAGAUUUGUGACAUGACAAUAGCUAAUUAUACACAAAAAAAUUUUUUUUUCAAAGAUCAAACUGUGUUAUUUUUUUUUUUCAUAUAAAUACUGUGUAAAAUGAUAUGUUAAUUUGCCUGGGUCUCUGUGUCAGCGUGGUCGAUCAUGACUGCACUGUUACAACUACAUUACAAAUGCAAGAGAAACACAAAAUAAACCAUCGUCCAGAUAACUGCAUGAACACACAAAAGGACAAUUGCAGGCAUGUAUUGCACUAAAUGUGCAUGAUCACAGAUGUCAGUCGAACCCAUUGCGGAAGUCACAGACUUGCAGGUGUCUCUACUCUUCUACGUUUCAUUAAAGAACUCUCCAUGUUCAUCUACUAUUGUGUGAAAUACUAAA